AUGGCGUCUGAACUUUCCAGAGACGAAAUUGAAGAGAUCCGUGAUGUCUUUGAACUGUUUGACUUCUGGGAUGGUAGAGACGGUGAGGUGGAUGCCUUCAAGACCGGGCACAUGCUGUACUGCUUGGGUAUGAACCCAACCUUGGAGACUGUCAGGAAGAAUGGAGGAACAGACAAACUGGGUGAGAAAGCCUACAAGUUUGAAGAGUUUCUGCCCAUCUAUUCUGCUGUCUCAAAAGAGAAAGACACAGGCACUUUUGCUGACUUCAAUGAAGCCUUUAAAACUUUUGACCGUGAGGGCCAAGGUUUCAUCUCAGCAGCCGAAAUGCGACAUGUUCUCACCUGCUUAGGUGAAAAACUUUCUGAUGAGGAUGUGGACGAAAUUAUCAAAGCCACAGACACCAGGGAAGAUUUGGAAGGAAAUGUCAAAUAUGAAGAUUUCAUCCAGAAAGUUCUGAAAGGACCAUAUGAAUAA